AUGCUGAUUACAUGUUGGUAUUUAUACCUCGCAGCUCGGAGCCUCGCCAAACAAUCACUGAACAUGGCCUCAAUUCUGCAGAAGCUGAUCACCCCGCUGUUCAGCGGUCCUCCUGAGCCCCCCAGGAAUAAAGUGACAGUGGUGGGAGUGGGCCAGGUCGGGAUGGCCUGUGCCAUCAGCAUCCUGCUCAGGGAGCUGGCUGAUGAAUUGGCCCUGGUGGACGUGAUGGAGGACAAGCUUAAAGGAGAGAUGAUGGACCUGCAGCACGGAAGCCUCUUCCUCAAAACCCCCAAAAUAGUCGCAGACAAAGACUACUCUGUGACAGCGAACUCCCGCAUCGUGGUGGUGACGGCUGGAGUCCGUCAGCAGGAAGGAGAGAGCAGGCUGAACCUCGUCCAGAGAAACGUCAACAUCUUCAAACACAUUGUCCCUCUGAUCGUCAGAUACAGUCCUGACUGCACCAUCAUUGUGGUUUCCAACCCAGUUGAUGUGCUGACUUAUGUUACCUGGAAACUGAGCGGCCUUCCCAAGCACCGCGUCAUCGGCAGCGGCACCAACUUGGACUCAGCGCGCUUUCGCUUCCUGAUGGCUGACAAACUGGGAAUCCACCCCAGCAGCUUCAACGGCUGGAUACUGGGAGAGCAUGGAGACACCAGUGUGCCUGUGUGGAGCGGAACUAACGUGGCAGGAGUCAACCUGCAGACGUUGAACCCGGACAUCGGCACUGACAGCGACGAGGAGAACUGGAUGGAAACACACAAGAUGGUGGUGGACAGUGCCUACGAGGUGAUCAAACUGAAGGGUUACACCAACUGGGCCAUCGGUCUGAGUGUAGCUGACCUGACAGAGACCCUCAUCAGGAACAUGAACAGGAUUCAUCCCGUUUCCACCAUGGUGAAGGGCAUGUAUGGGAUCGGUGACGAGGUGUAUCUGAGUCUGCCCUGCGUGCUGAACAGCGGCGGUGUGGCCAGCGUGGUCAACAUGACCCUGACCGACGACGAGGUCGCCCAGCUGCAGGCCAGUGCCAACACGCUGUGGGACAUCCAGAAGGACCUGCAGGACGUCUAA